AAGAGAGGCGGAGUUAGCUACGCCGGUCGCUUGCCUUGGAUUCAACAUCAAACCCGUCUCAGAAAGUUGCUUUAUUUACGUAUUUGUUGGAGCGUACCAUGGAUUUAAUAUAAGUAGAUCGUCGACUGACAAACUUCACUUGACUUAUCUCCGAAAGUCAUCGAUCUGGGCAGAGCUCCAGAGGUUGAGCUACAGCCAUGGUGCAACAAUACCAGUCACCUGUAAGGGUCUACAAACACCCCUUUGAGCUGAUAAUGGCGGCCUAUGUGCGGAGGUUUCCAAACUGCCCCCUGAUCCCCAUCUUUGUGGACAGUGAGGUGGUGAAGGAGGAGCACAGUGAUGACGGUGCCACUGUGUUCAUUGAGAGGCGCUGUAAGGUGGAGGCAGACGCCCCCCGGCUGUUCAAAAGGAUGGCUGGUGUGGACUACCUGUACUUCAUCCAUAAGAACACUCUGGACCGCAGGGAGAGGGCGCUGCACAUUGAGGUCGUCAAUGAGACCUUCUCCAACAGAGUCAUCGUCCAUGAGAUCUGCAACUACAGGGUUCACCCAGAGAAUGAGGAGUGGACGUGUUUCGAGCAGACAGCCAGUCUGGACAUCAAGUCCUUUUUUGGCUUUGAGAACGCGGCCGAGAAGCUAGCCAUGAAGCAGUAUGCCAACAGUAUUAAAAAGGGCAAAGAGAUCAUAGAGUAUUACCUGAAGGAGUUGGAGGACGAGGGGGUGACCCACGUCCCCCGCUGGAGCCCCCCUCAGGCCCCCCCACCCACUGCCAGGCUCCAGCUGCCACUCACCAGUGCCCCUGCCAAUGCCAUCCUUGUGCCCACUGCCGAAGAGACCCUCUCUGCCAGCCCCACAGAUCUACCGCCUGGCUCCCCAGAUGACAAGUUGGAUGCUGACUACAUCAGGCGUUACCUAGGAGACCUGACGCCGCUGCAGGAGAGCUGUCUUAUAAGACUACGCCAGUGGCUGCAGGAGACCCACAAGGGAAAGAUCCCUAAAGACCAGCACGUGCUGCGUUUCCUGCGGGCCCGGGACUUUAACCUGGAGAAGGCCAGGGAGAUCCUGUGUCAGUCGCUCACCUGGAGGAAGCAGCACCAGGUGGACUUCCUGCUGGACUCCUGGGAGAGACCUCAGCUGCUACACGACUACUACACCGGGGGCUGGCACCACCAUGACAGAGAUGGACGCCCUCUGUAUAUUCUGCGACUCGGUCAAAUGGAUACCAAGGGUUUAGUACGCGCCUUGGGCGAGGAGUCCCUUCUGAGACAAGUCCUGUCCAUCAACGAGGAAGGUCUGAGGCGCUGUGAAGAGAACACCAGAGUCUUUGGCCGACCCAUCAGCUGCUGGACGUGCCUGGUGGACCUGGAGGGGUUAAACAUGCGUCACCUGUGGCGUCCGGGGGUUAAAGCCCUGCUGAGGAUCAUAGAGGUGGUGGAGGCUAACUACCCAGAGACCCUGGGAUGUCUGCUCAUACUGAGGGCUCCACGGGUCUUCCCUGUGCUCUGGACCCUGGUCAGUCCAUUCAUUGACGAGAACACCAGGAAGAAGUUCCUGGUGUAUGCUGCGAAUGACUACCAGGGGCCUGGAGGUCUGGUGGAUUACAUCGAUAGAGAGGUCAUCCCUGACUUCCUGGGAGGAGACUGCCUGUGUGAGAUCCCUGAAGGAGGUAUGGUCCCCAAAUCUCUGUACAGAACAGCAGAGACGCUGGAAAGUGAGGAGCUGCGGCUGUGGACAGACACCAUCUACAAGACUGCCAGUGUCUUCAAGGGGGCCCCACAUGAGCUGCUGAUCGAAAUCUCCGAGCCCUCUUCUGUGAUCACCUGGGACUUUGACGUGUGUAAAGGAGACGUCAUCUUCAACAUCUACCACUCCAGGAGGGCCCCCCAGCCCCCCAAGAGGGACGUCCAGGGGGCCCACAGCAGCAUCGUGUCGCCAGCCACCAACAACAUGCAGCUGAUUGACAGAUCCUGGAUUCUGGGGCAAGACUACAGUAUGGUGGAGACAGCACUCACCUGCAAGGAGGGAGAGAGUGUUCAGGGCUCCCAUGUGACUCGGUGGCCCGGGUUCUACAUCCUCCAAUGGCGGUUCCACUGCUCCCCGGCCUGCUCUACCUCCAGCCUGCCCCGGGUGGACGACGUGCUGGCCUCCCUGCAGGUCUCCUCCCACAAGUGUAAGGUCAUGUUCUACACCGAGGUGCUGGGCUCCGAAGACUUCAGGGGCUCUAUGACCAGUCUGGAGUCCAGUCACAGUGGCUUCUCCCAGCUGAGUGCCGCCACCACCACCUCUAGCCAAUCACAGUCCAGUUCCACCGUAUCAAGGUAGCAUCCAGCCAAUAGGAGGUGAAGGAGUUUGAGUUUUGCAACAUGGAGAUCCCAUUUAGGAUCUAACUGACUUCUGAUACUGUUGACUUCUGCCCUGUUGCCUUAAAGAAAAACCAGUGCCGUACCAACACCUGCCAACGAGGACUUAACCUUACCCAAGGGGAUGAGAGAACUGUUAUGAACUCUGUGGACCAAGGAUAGCCUAUCCUUAAUGCCAUGUGGUGGAACAGUGGAGUUCCUACCUGUGAGCACCUUCUAGUACUUGCAUUUAAAGCACUGGAAUAUAUUAUUAAAAUAUACAUGUACAUUUUUUAAUCUGUAUCUAUAAUUUGUGACAUUAAGAUUGCUCUGGAAGUGGAACAUCUGCUGAAUGAAUAAAUUCAUAUGGAGAUGUCUUGCAAACCAUCAUCAUCCUCUUCUUUCUUUCAAUACCAUUGUUCUUUCUUUUUUAAGGGAAGUGACAGAAAUGUUCCCCAUUUUAUUGAAACUGAACAAUAAAGCACUUCCUAUUUUCA